UCUUCCUUGCUGUGUUCAAGUGAAUAGGCGGGGAAGAGACCAUUAUAAGCGGCUGCAAGACGACGAGACCAAACUCUCGCCCCAAAACCCCCACCCGACGGAAAAUUCUCGGAAUCUUCCUCCGCUCCGCUCUCCCCCGCCGCGCCGCCAUGGCUCCGCUACCGCUACCGCCGCCCCGCGUGCCUCCUACCCGCCCAUGGGAGGACCUCCCUGAAGGCAUCGUAGAGAGCAUAGCCUGCCGCCUGCUCUGCGACGUGGAUCGAGCCUUCAUGGCCGCGACCUGCGGCAACUGGUGGCGGGUCGUCGCGGGGCUGAAGCAUCCUAUUCCCCCGCUCGAGCCGGUGUCUCCUCCGCCACAGCUACCGCUCCUCCUCCUCCCGUGCAAGCGAAGCUUCUAUGUCGCUCCGGGUCGCUCGCGUACGGCGAAUUUCAUGUGCAUCCUCGGCGGUUACAUCAACGGGGGAGACGGCAUGCAUUGCCUGAGAAUCCGCCGUGACACGGGAGGAGCUCGGUUCUUCGGAUCCUUCGAUGGAGGAUGGCUCUUCGUAGCCCAGGAACAAACCAACCGCCACCGACUGCUUCACUUCAACACGAACACGCUCCUCAUGCUCCCGGAUUUGGUUUCCUCGACGGGCCAGACAGAUCCUGCUCCCAUGGUGAUGCUGGCUGCUACACUUUCUGCAUCGCCCAUGGAUGAGGCAUGUUUUGGAGCUGCAGUUGUGGAAGUGGAUAUGGGGUUGGACAGACCAGACAUUGCUUUCUGGCACAUGGAGGAGGCUAGCCAUCCUGAUUCGGUCGCAACUGGUCUGAUUGCCCACCGAUUCCACGGAAGCUAUUUGAUUGAGGAUCUUGUGUUUCACCAUGGUGUCUUCUGUUUUCUGACCAGUGAGGAGAAUAUUUUGGCUUGUACAUGUUCACUGGUAGAAGAUCCUCAAGGAGGCGUUCGUCUGGAUGUGCAUCAGGAGUUCCUUGAGUUCCAGGAACGUGAAGAGUGUUUGGGUGACUUUUAUCAGUCUUGCAACUACAGAAUUGCUUCUCGAUACCUAGUGACCUCCAGAGGAGGUUUGCUGAUGAUAGUCCGAUAUGUGAAGCACAUAGGGUGGCAGGAGGAGACGCAGUCAGCAGGCUUCGGUGUCUAUGAAAUGGCAAACAAGGGUCAUGUGCUGGUAUGGAGCAACUUGAAUCUACUCAAUGGUCGGCUGCUAUUCUUGGGAAGAGGCUGCUCCAGGUGCUACGAGUCCUCUGCAUUCCCAGAUUGCGUGACAGAGGGAAUCCACUUUCUUGAUGACAGGGAUUAUGAUAAAGUGGAGAUGAUGCGGCUGAUUCAGUGGGGUCGGCUCUACAACUGUGAAGAUAACGGCAUCUGCUCGUGGUCGGAGUGGGCGCCGCCCGACCAGGUCGAGUUCAGAUUCCAGCGUCUCGCCCCCAACCAGGCAUUUUCACAAUAUAGCUCUCCAAUGUGGCUUCUACCCGACAUAGAGCCACAUCUGAUGCGGCUUGAGUCGACCAACUGAAGGUUGAGGUUCCAACCUCUGGCUAGAAUGUGGAGUAUGCCUUUCCUUGUCAGCGCAAAUUGAUACACAACGAAACAGAGCGUGUCGUAGCAAAUUAUUCUGCUGAUAACUCAACUUCUGCUGUUCUGUACCAAAAUAAGUUUGUUCAGCUAGAUGUUUCUGUGGUUGUCUUGGUGAUCAUGAUAGGGUAUUUUUUUUUCUGGUACAUGAGUGAAUUCUAAACAUGAGAGAUCGUUGCUGAAAAUGCUUGGUAUUUGUGGAGGAUACAAAGAUAAGAGUUUAGAGGCAGUGCUCUCUCUGUAUGUCUGUGCUGUACUGCUGUUACACUUUGCUUGCUCCAUUAUUUGGUGAUAAUAUGAACACAUUUCCUCA